GAGGUAUGAAAUUGCGUAGGCUGGGAUACUGAUGCUGCCGUCGUCGCAAGUUUUAACAAACGCACUUGAAAUUGUCAGCGAUUAUUUGUGGAAUUUUACUAUGGCACGUACGCAUUUGCAAGAACCUUUUGUUCUGGUCAUGCAUCGGUUCGGAAAAUUGCGUUACUUCGUAUUUAAUUUCCAUAUCAAAGCACCUCCGAGCCCACAGUGCUCCGCAGCGAGUAAUUAUAUUCUAGAAACAGGGAUUAUUUUAGCAUUAGCGCUUCGCUUCGUUUGGAGGACGGGUCCUAGGUCAAGAUGGCUUGCUUUUCGCCAAAAGUUUACUUUCUGAUUCUCUUGUGCACUUGGCUGUCGUGCCAGUUCUUCGUGCCAUCGGAUUCCCGAGCUUUAUUCAGACGAGCAGCUGAACGUGAAGAAAAAAGUACAAACGGUACUAACGGUACUAAAGAAGAAGAACCUUGCACGUAUGAGACCUAUCCUUGUUCAGCCACGAUAACUGGUAACCUUCUGUUGAUGGUGUUUUAUGGUGCUAUCCUUGGUGUUGCAGCAAAAUGUAUCUCUGAUGGUGCUGAGCUCUUGCUGGAUCUUGGUUGUUCCCCAUCAUUGAUUGGUGGUAUUGUCCUUCCACUGCUUGGAGCAGUACCCGACUCGGCCAUUAUCAUUGUAUCUGGUCUUGGACCUGAUGCUCAAACCAAACUUUCAGUUGGCAUGGGGACAUUGGCAGGCAGCACCAUUAUGUUAUUGACAGCAGCAUGGGCUGGAAGCUUGGCAAUUGGAAAGUGCGACCUUAAUGCUUACGAUGAAGCUAUUGAAGGCAGUGGAUAUGGAAAGAUCAGUUGUAACAGACAGGGUGUGACAAUUUUACCCAGUGUGAAGACAGCUGUUGGAAUUAUGCUGUUAACAUCGCUGUCAUACUUCAUUGUACAAGGAGCAGAUUGGCAUUUUGGCCCACACAACUUUGGAGAUCAGCCACCUUAUGUGCGCCAAGCUGCCUUGGCGACCAUGAUCAUCUGCUUCAUUGGAUUCGUUGCUUAUCUGAUUUUCCUGUUUGUUGACAGUAAGUCGGCCCAAAUGAGAGCAGAGAGGCAUCGUCAAGAAAUGAUGCAGCGUAAGGUGUUGCAUCAGUUUGUUAUGAUGGCCAAGAGACAGAUGCCAACCCGGAUUGGUGAUCACACUGAUGCUGAAGACAAAGCUGCUCAAGAAGUGCACAUCCAGAAGAAGUAUUUCAAAGCUUGGCGCCUUGGAGCAGGAAUGGACAAGAAGGAACCAACUGAAACUGAUCCUAUUGUCUCAAAAGAGGGAAAAGAGGAUAAACAGGAACUCGUUCAACGAGAUUCUUUUGAAAUGCAUGAGGUGAGUAGAUUGUGUGGCAGAAUCAGUGAACAAACAAAACUUUUUCAUGCAAAUAUUGAAGUUGGAUGGGCUUCAUCAUUUCUUCACUUGAAUCUCUCUAAGUGUUACUCUUAUCUAUUUGGAAUCGGCGUCUCUUAACCAAGAUUUUCUCAUGAACUAAGACUAUCUCCCUGAUUCAAUUCUUUUCUUUUUCCUCUUGUAUCUGAGAGAAACGUCUGAGAGAAUUUGUCCAUUAUGCAAUAACUUUGGUGUGAUGUUAAUCUGACUGUGUUAAUUGUUUCUAUGGCUAAAUCGUCUUUUAAACAUCAUAUGCCACUCUG